AUGCUAAAGCUCGCGGUUUCUUUCAUUUUUGUCGGAUUGGCAGUUUGCCAAGUGACACCAGAUUACGACAACCCCGAAACGACGACGUUGCUGCAAUCUGGGAUUCAGAGAUUGAUCCCCUACCCUGCCACCUCACAGGACUGUAAUUCUUGUAUUACGGUGGUCGAGACAAUUCGCCAGAACCAGGGCAUGCAUGCGUAUCAGCUUACCGAGCUUGUCUACACUACUUGCGAAGGGACAUCCCUACGCAACUUGGAAGAUUUUUGCCUGACCGUUACCGCUGAUAUUGACGGCUACAUCACGCAAAUCAAGGAAAACAACCUAAACGACCAGCAACUCUGCGACUUGCCAAUUCCAGAUUGUGUUAAAUUUUGGGGGAAU